AUGGCCAUUUCAACUUGUGAAUUUCAAGUGAAUUGCUGUGUCCAGAGGCCUUCAAUCUCACGCAGAGUCGAUUAUUUCAAGACCUCUUUGUCCUCUACUUUCAAGCCAUUGUUGAGAGAAUUGCAGCAAAUUCCUCUGCGAAUCAGUGUUUCUGAAAUCAUCAAGAACACUUCUGUGAGACUAUUGGAUGCCUUUGUUGACUCCUUGUUCGAAUUCAAUGACCACCCAUUGCUCCCAUCCCAGAGUAACUUUGCUCCGGUCGAAGAGUUGGGAGAAGCUUUUCAUGUUACCAACAUUGAUGGGAGGAUUCCAGAUGAUUUUUCGGAAGGUGUUUACAUAAGAAAUGGCCCAAACCCUCUUUUCGGAGGAUUAAAAUCAACAAAAUCUAUGUUCGGAAGAUCAAGUCACAUUUGGGUGGAAGGAGAAGGAAUGCUUCAUGCUUUGUAUUUUAAUAAAGAUAGUGGUGGAAGCUGGACUGUUUUCUAUAACAACAAACAUGUUCAUACCGAGACAUUCAAGUUAGAAAGACAAAGAAACAAACCAUCUUUUCUUCCAGCAAUUGAAGGUGAUACGCCGGCUAUUUUGGCAGCUUAUCUACUAAAUUUGUUAAGAUUUGGAAAAGUAAACAAAUACAUUAGCAACACCAAUGUUUUCAUGCAUUCGGGGAAGUUCUACUCAAUCGCUGAGAAUCAUAUGCCUCAAGAGAUAGACAUCCUUACACUAGAAACUUUAGGCAAUUGGGAUGUUGAUGGAUCUUGGAAUCGACCAUUCACUAGCCACCCAAAGAAAGCUCCAGGUACUGGGGAGCUAGUCUUAAUGGGAUUUGAUGCGAAGAAACCAUACUUCGAACUGGGAGUGAUUUCAGCUGACGGAAAGAAAUUAGUACAUGAAGUGGAUCUCAAAUUCAACAGGUGCACCGUUUGCCACGAUAUAGGUGUUACUCAGAGAUACAAUGUGAUAAUAGAUUUUCCACUAACUAUAGACAUAAACCGACUCAUUAGAGGAGGCCCAUUGAUAAGGUAUGACAACGAAGGAUAUGCGAGGAUUGGAGUAAUGCCUCGUUAUGGUGAUGCAGAAUCAGUUUUGUGGUUCGAGGUGGAACCAAGUUGUGCAUUUCACAUUCUCAACUGUUAUGAGGAUGGUGAUGAGGUUGUAGUGUGGGCAUGUAGAGCUCGUGGAUCAAUCGUACCAGGACCUGAUCAUGGUUUGAACAAAUUUGAGUGGUUUUCAAGAGGUUUUAAGUCAGUGAGUUCAGUUGGAGAAAAUGAUGACAGUUCUACACAAGAUGGAUUUUUAUUUUCCCGUUGUUAUGAAUGGAGAUUAAACAUGCUAAAUGGAGAGGUCAAGGAAAAGAAUCUCACUGGAACCGAAUUCUCCAUGGAUUUUCCUAUGAUUAAUGAAAAUUUUACGGGUGUUAAAAACAAAUAUGGCUACACUCAGAUUAUUGACUCUAGCGCGAGCUCUGCCUCAGGCAUGGCCAAAUAUGGUGGACUAGCCAAACUUUACUUUGGAGAACCAGAAUCCAGAUUUUAUGUGGUAAAAGAUUUCUUCCACUGUGAAAACUCCAUAAAGGUCGAAUAUCAUAAAUUUGAGAAGAAUACCUUCUGCUCUGGAGCUACAUUUGUCCCUAAAUGCGGAGCAACUGAGGAAGACGAUGGUUGGAUCAUCUCUUUUGUUUAUAAUGAAGAUACCGGUACAUCUCAGGUUUAUAUAAUCGAUACGAAGAACUUUGCCGGUGAGCCCGUGGCCAAAAUUAUGGUGCCAUGUAGAGUGCCAUAUGGUUUUCAUGGAGCUUUCAUGUCAAUGCCCUAUCAACACUAACAGGAUCAGGAUCUUUUCGAAACCAGAAUGUUUAUAUUAAUUCCUUGCUGUCCUAGUGUUCUUUUUGUAAUUGGAUGUACAUUUAUAUGGAGAAAUGUUUUUUCUGUAAAGAAUUUUGGUUUUUUUUAUUUAUUUAAACUAGUGUGUUUUGAUAAGGUGCCACGAGUGUAAAAACGAAAAAAAUAUUUUUCCUACACUUGUUAUUUUAA